CCUUCUUUCUUCACGUAGGCAACUCAAUCAACAACGUAUGAGAUUCUUUAUUCAGUUUAUUCUCUUCCCCGCGUACCACGCGGUUACUCCUAAUUCUCAUCAUUUUCACUUCCUAACCAGUUGUUCUCUGCAUUCUGCAUCUGCAUAAUUAUCUAGGUUUUGUUUUCUUCGUGUUUUAAGAAGUGUGUAUUCGCCUUCGUCAAUUCGUUUUGAGAAGCAUUUUGUUUAGAAAAGAGAUUUUGCAUUGUUGUUGGAAAUGGCUGAUUCACAUUGCGAAAUGGAACCGGUCGUUAGCGCCGCAAUUAUCGUGAAAAUCAAUAGUACCAAUGUAACAGCAAUUCUAGACGAUACCUGUACGAUCAACGCCAUUCAUAAAAAAGUUUUCAAACGAAUUUGUUCGCAAGACGAGGCUGGCAAUACGUAUGACGAAGUUGAAAAUAUUGAUUUGGAUUUCACUAUCGAUGGACGCUCAGUCACAGCUGUGUUUCGUGUUAUGGGAAAUUUGAACUCUGAUAUGAUCUUGGGAAAAGAAUUCUUCCGGUCAGUGAAAGCUCGUAUCCAUUCGGAACAAAGAUUAUUAAAGUGGUCCUAUCAGGAAGAAGUGACGACCAACAUCGUUGAAAACGAUGCCAAUUUCAGAGCUGUAUCAUCGGGUGGUAGCGAUGCUUUCAAUGAAGCCAAGUCGUCGGAAAAGGAAAUUGGAACUGGCGAGCAGAAUGCCGAACCUGAAGGGGGAAAAAAGAAAAAAAACUCGAAGAAAACUGACUGUGAAAGCGAAAUAGAUAAUUACGCUCCGUCCACUUCAUCGGCUGCAGCUUCUAUCAGUAACGAUUUGCAACUGUUAACAUUAGGUAGCAGUAAAGCAUCGACAAAAAGUUUCAAGAAAGAUAAAUUUGUUAAAAUAUUUAUUGCUGAGCGCGAGCUGUGGGAUAUAUUGAGUGGAGAAUGCUUGGCGUACUACGCGAUAUAUUCUUCGCAGAAGAAAAUCACUAUUGUAACGGGUGAAGUAAUGAAGCGUAAGGAGAAAACGGCGUUGGGUUUCCAUUUGGAAGCAUUUCAUAAUGCAUUUGGAGAAGCAGAAGAGCGUGGAAUAAAGCAUUUACAUUUACUGUCAGAAAAUGAAACUGCCAUUCGAUUGAUGAAGGAGCAUCAAAAAAAAUAUGAAAAACACGGUGAAAUAGAACCUGAACAGUAUCCUGGAGGUAAUCUGUAUUAUCCAGACGAUUUGGUCAAUUAUUACACUGCCUGCCUUCAUAUUCCUCAAUUUGAAUCCUUGAAAUUUGAGUACGUUUCUUCUAAAGACGAAACUUAUGAAGAAUUGGUCCACGCCAGAGAACUUCUUAAAGAAUACGUGGCAAAUACCCCGAUGUAAUGUAACUCCGAAUUUUUCAGUUAACAAGGCUAUUUCCUUAUUCUGUUAAUUGUAUUUUUUUCAAUACAUUUUUUCUAUUGCCGUUA